AUGCUUGGACAGUUGACGCUGCCUAGAGGCUUCAAAACUUUCCAAAAAUUGGCAUUCAAAGCUAAAUUCUCCACUUUUAGUCCAUAUGUUUCCUCUACGCGUCUAGCGGCAAGGCUGCCCGUUUCAAAGGCUAGAAACAUCCACAUGACUUCGAUCAAACUGAUCUCACAGACCUCUCCAACCAGAAAGGAGAUUCCAUUUACUGAGUUGUCUGAGGAAGAUCAGGCCACUUUGACCGAAGAGAGAGCUGCUGACAAUGUCGAUGUCUGUAUUGUUGGAGGUGGUCCUGCCGGAUUGGCUACGGCCAUCAAGUUGAAGCAAUUGGACAACGAAGAGGGAAAUGGCGACUUGCGAAUUGUCGUUUUAGAGAAAGCCGGAGACUUUGGCUCUCAUAUUGUCUCUGGAGCUGUUCUUGAACCUCGUGCGUUGAAGGAGCUUUUCCCAGAUAGCGAACACUUGAACGAAGACGGAUCUGGUAUUCCUUUGCCAGAGGACUUGGUUACUCUUGUUGAAGAAGACCACAUGAAAUAUUUGACGAAACAAUAUGCCUUUCUGUUGCCUGAGCCUCCACAGAUGAAAAAUAAGGACAAGAACUACAUUGCAUCACUUGGUUCUGUUGUCCAGUACUUAUCUGAGCAGGCAGGUGAGCUUGGUGUCGAAACAUAUCCUGGUAUCUCCGUCAGCGAGCUUGUAUAUACUGACAAUGGAGCCGUCAAAGGUGUUGCUACCAAGGACGUGGGUAUUGGCAAGGAUUAUACACCCAAGCUGUCAUUUGAAAGAGGUAUGGAAUUCCAUGCUAGAGUUACUGUUUUGGCAGAGGGCUGUCAUGGAUCUCUUACUAAGAAGGCGGUUGCCAAAUACGACUUGAGGAAGAAUUCCGAUCCACAGACUUACGGACUCGGAAUUAAAGAGGUUUGGAGAGUUCCUGAAGAGAAUUUCAUUAAGGGUUUCGUGGGUCACACUAUGGGAUACCCAUUGUCCUCAGAUGUUUAUGGAGGUGGAUUCAUGUACCAUUUCGGAGAUGGGUUGGUGGCUGUUGGGUUGGUGGUUGGUCUCGAUUAUGCCAAUCCAUAUAUUUCGCCAUACCAGGAGUUCCAGAAGAUGAAGACUCAUCCAUACUAUGCCAAUGUAUUGGAAGGAGGAGAAUGCAUUUCCUAUGGAGCACGUGCUUUAAAUGAAGGUGGAUAUCAGUCUGUUCCAAAGUUGCAUUUUCCUGGAGGAGUUUUGGUGGGGUGCUCUGCUGGAUUCAUGAACGUUCCAAAGAUCAAGGGUACUCACACGGCCAUGAAAUCAGGAAUUGUUGCUGCUGAGGCUAUUUUCGAUGCCAUCAAGGAGCUUGAUGUGGUUGAUGAGGAAACAGACAUUGAGGAGCACAUUCUCGACUUGAAGAAAUUCGAAGAAGACUUCAAGAACUCAUGGGCCUACAAAGAACUCUACGAAGUGCGUAACGUGCGUCCAUCUUUUAAUGUUUUACCAGGACCUCUUGGGUUUUUGACUGGUUUGGCCCACUCUGGAUUGACCACCAUGUUGACCCAUGGAGCAGAGCCCUGGACGUUUUCUCAUAACCACACUGAUGCUCAGUCAACAAAGGAUGCCUCCAACUAUUCGCCAAUUGACUAUCCUAAGCCAGAUGGAAAGCUCACAUUUGAUAUUCUCACUUCUGUUUCAAGAACCGGAACCUAUCACCAAGAAGACGAGCCAUGUCAUUUGCGAAUUCCUCAACAGGAUCACAGAAAGCAUGCGGAGAUCUCAUGGCCAAAAUACAAAGGUGUGGAACAGAGAUUCUGUCCUGCCGGGGUCUACGAGUACAUUGAAGAUGAGAGUGAGCCUUUGGGAGUCAAAUUCAAUAUUAACAGCCAAAACUGUAUUCACUGCAAAACUUGCGAUAUUAAGGUUCCUACCCAGGAUAUCAACUGGGAAGUCCCCGAAGGAGGAGAUGGACCUAAAUACUACUUGACAUAA